GCUGCUGCUACAUAAGCGCGCUAACCUCUAGCUACCUCCCCGACAGCUCACCAUCACAGACAACGUAACAUCGCGGCGCAUCAGAUUUAUUGUUCAUGCAGCACGUCCUUGCAGCCCACCCAGGUCCUCCACUCGCGCUGCUUGGCGGUAGUCUCGACCAUCGGGAUAGCAUCACAAGGGAGCCGGUGGUCGUUGGACGGACCAUGGACGACGCGGUGUUGCAGAUCGAAGACGCGUUCGGCCUCGCCCGGGAGCUCAUGGCCGAGCUCCAGGCGACCCCGCAGAACGACCCGGGGUACCUCGCCGGGCGCUGCCAGCGCAUUGCCCAAGCCUACCUCGCGGCCAGCCGGAUGCUGGGGCCCCACCCGCACGGCGCGGACGACUUGUCCCCGCCGGCGGCACUGCAGCGGCAUCAUCCCUUCGGCGGUGGCGAUGGCAGUGGAAGCAGCCACGGACACCUCCAGCAGCUGGAGCUCCUGCGCCCGUUCCUCGGCGGCGGCGAGCCUUCUUCAGCGCCGUUCCAGCAGCACCUCGGGCGCCUGCUGGAGCCAUCGCCGUUCAACACCACUACUUCCCCCGACAUGUUCGGCGCGGGCACGUCGGGCGGCCCGGUGAGGCGGCAGGCGUCGUCGUCGCGGUCGUCGCCGCCGGUCCAACCGCGGCAGCACAGGAGGAGGAGGGAGAGCGGGGAGAGGAUGACGAUGAUGGUUCCGGUGCAGCGGACGGGGAACACCGAUCUGCCACCGGACGACGGCUACACAUGGCGCAAGUACGGCCAGAAGGAUAUCCUUGGCUCCAGAUAUCCAAGGAGCUACUACAGGUGCACCCACAAGAACUACUACGGUUGCGAGGCCAAGAAGAAGGUGCAGCGCCUGGAUCACGACCCGUUCAUGUACGAGGUCACCUACUGCGGCAACCACACCUGCCUCACCUCCACGACGCCUAUCCUCACCCUCCCAGCCCACACCACCACCGCCGCCUCGACCGCCGCCAGCAUGCUAACCAACUCCCCGACCGGUUCGGCAGCGAUCCUCGCCGGCCAGGACCUCGUCAUGGCGCCCGCCGCUGAGCAUCCGACGCCGCCGGCGCUGUCCACGGCCAUCCAGCUCGGCAUCAGCUGGAUGCCGUCGGCCCUCGUUGGCCCCAGCGCCGGCGAGGGGAGCAGCAGCGCGCAGGUGAACGUGCCGGCCGCCUCGGGGAGGGACACGGAGUUCCCGGUGAUGGACCUCGCCGACGCCAUGUUCAACUCCGGCAGCAGCGGAGGGAGCAGCAUGGACGGCAUCUUCCCUGCUCAUCACGAGCAACGUGAUAGCUAGAUGCAUAUAUGGAUCGUUAUAUGCAUCCGAGGAUCCAUCUCCUCUGGGAUUAAUCUUCAUUCGAGUUUUGAUCUAAUGAAGUCGCAUGAACCAUGAUCAUUGAUGACCGUUAACUUCCCCGUACAACAACCAUGUAGGUGUAGCCAUGGCAUAUUCUUCGAUCUUAAGCCACUCAAAUUAUUAGGUUAGUUCGCGGUUAAGGCGUGCUAAUAAAGGUGCUCACAGGUAUAUUUAGGUAUAGAAAGAGUGAGUGUAUGGGACAUAGUCGAGUCAGUCCCUCUUGUACAUUAAACCAACAUUUGUAUUUGUGUAUACUCUUAGUUUCAAAUUUCGA